ACUUCCGGUUCAGCUUUCAUUCCGGGGUUAGAGGAGGAGCGUCGUAGUUCGACCCGCUUCCGCCGUGCUGCGGGCAGCCAUGACCGGACGGGGGACAGCGAGCCGUUUCCUGGCCAGCGUCCUGAGGAACGGCGUGGGCCGUUACGUGUGUCAGCUCCAGCGCCUCACCUUGACUGUCAGUCGGGACGCGCAGAGCUCGCGGGGCGUCAGAGAAUACAUUGAAGAAAAGGUGGUGGACUUUGCAAGGCAAAACCCUGGGAUUGUGGUUUACGUGACCCCAAAGAAGUGCCGGGUCCCUACAGUGGUUGCUGAAUACUUGAAUGGAACCGUAAAAGAGGAAACGUUAACUAGCAAAACACCUGAGGAAAUUGCAAAGAUCAUCGAGAAGCUGACCAACCAAUCUGGCCUAGAGAUAAUCCGUAUUAGAAAGCCAUUCCAUACAGAUAACCCCAGUGUACAAGGCCAGUGGCACCCAUUCACAAACAAACCCAGUGCACUCAAUGCGAAAGCUGUGGGACAGCAGUGUCUUCCAUCCUCAGACAAAAAAAUCUCCUCUGGUGGAAAAAAACUUAUUUGUGAACAUGGAGAAUUCAUAGACCCAGGACAAGCUCAUUUGCCUGCAUAAGAUCACUUAUCUGUCAUUCAUUUGCAAUGGCGACAACUGCUGCUCUAUGAAAAGGCACUGAAGGGAGCUUGCUGUGUUGGGCAACAAGUAUCUGAUAUUGGUGUGGAACAGUCCUGUAAUUUGAUUUCUGUAUUUAUCACCUACAAUAACUUUGAGCAAGGUCUCGAACUACGUGGAUCUGCUUUUAUUCCCAGGUUUGGGUAUGAUUGAUAGAUGGGAACUAAUGGGGGAAUAGUUAUCUGAGCUUUUGUUAGCUAUAUUUUGUAAUGAGUGCCUUAUGCCACUCUUGGUGGAAAUGAAAAUAAAUUGAGUAACAUUACUUGUAAAAUUCUUAUAGAUUUCCUUAUAGAGUAUGUGUGAUGAUGUACAAAUGAUGCAGCUCAGUGGAGGAUUAGUAAUGUGUAUCUGUCUUUGCUGGAAGGAGUGAAGCAAGUUAUUGGUGGCCAGAAUGUUAAUAUUUAUGCUUGUGUCUGCCAUUACAGAGGUAUUGCACAUGGCCAGAAAUACAAGAGCUGACUUCUUAA